UGUGCUAAUAUCUUAACGAGAAUAGAAGUUUUAAAAGAAAAUUUGGGUGGAUACUCGCGAGAGUUAAAAUUAAUAAAAAAAAAAAAAUGGGUGGUGAAAACGAAGUUAAAAAUUUCGAUUAUCAAGAAAACAAUUUUGGAAUACGACAUUUGCAAUGUUUUUUAAUAUCUGUUUGUCUGGGUGUUACAUACGCCCUGGAAGUGAAUAUGCCAAUUGCAAUUGUUGCAAUGACAGAUACGUCGGUGAAUUCAACAUUUGGGGUCUACGAAUGGCCUGAAAAAACAAAGUCACUGGUCCUCAGCAGUUGUUUCAUGGGCUCAGUAAUUGGAAUAAUUCCUGCUGAUCUACUCGCUCGUAAAUUUGGUGGCAAAGCUAUGAUAUUUUCCAGUCUUUUUCUAUCAUCAGUUCUAGCCGUAUUAACACCAAUAUGUGCCAGUUUUGGUAGUUGGACACUAAUAUUCGUUGUGCGUUUUAUUCAGGGCGUUUGCCUUGGUACAACUUUUCCAGCAAUGCAUAACUUUCUAUCCAAAUGGGCACCAGUUCAGGAACGCGCAAAGUUGGAAACAUUUUGCUACUGCGGAUCACAGCUUGGCACAGCACUUAUGCUGAGUGUUAGUGGAGAAAUUAUCACAUCGACUAUUGGAUGGCCUGGUGUAUUUUACAUAUCUGGUGCAAUUGGAUGCCUUUGGGCAGCAUUAUGGGACUUUUUCUCUUCGAGCUGCCCUGAGGAUAGUCAUUUUAUCACAGAAGAGGAAAAAAUGUACAUUGAAAUGCUGCCAAUACCCAGUUGUGAGAAUGGUGAUGGUGACGGCGAUGAAGAAUACGAAGAAUAUCAACCACCUUUACCGCCAAUUCCAUGGAAGGAUAUCUUCAAAUCAAUGCCAUUUAUUAGUUUAAUGAUAGCUAAUUGCUCUACCGCUUGGGUAUUCUGCACUUUACUCACUCAAAUACCUGGAUUUUUGAGGAAUGUUCUUCAAUUAGAUAUUCAAAAAACUGCUUUGUUUUCCGCCUUGCCAUUUUGGGUGAUGCUUGCGAUGAGUUUGUUCUUUAUGUUCAUUUCAGAAAUGCUCAACAGAAAUCAACUUAUAAGUGUUUCGACAAGUCGAAAGCUGUUCAAUACCAUUUCACAUUGGGUUCCUAUGAUUGGCCUAAUAGCUUUGACGUUUUAUAAUGGAAAGAAUGAUACUUUUGUAAUUGUUUUGUUGACAUUGUCAGUUGGAAUGAUCUCAGCUAACUAUUUUGGCUUUCAAAUGAAUCAUUUCGAUUUGUCACCAAAUUUUGCUGGAACACUUAUGGGCUUGUCAAAUUGUGCAGCUUUUGUAACGAGUGCUAUUGCAAUUCUAGCAGUUGGAUUUAUAGUUUCUGAUGAGAAAAAUCCACAAGAAUGGAAUAUUGUUUUCUAUGUGGCAGCUGGAUUUUUCUUUGUUGGCAAUCUUAUUUUCAUAAUUUUUGGAAAAUUCGAAAAACAGAGCUGGAAUGAGACAACCACUUUGAUGGAUGCUAACGGUGAACCCGUUACACCUAGACAUUCUAUAAAUCCGAAUAUGGAAAGUGUUUAUUAAAAAAAUGUUGGAAUGUAGUAUUUUAUAAUGAUAAGAAUAUUUAAAUUUUUGGCGGAUUAUUUCACUGCCAUUUAAUGUAAGAUAUGGUUUGAGUUUAAUUAAUAAAAUUU